AUGGCAACUAAUAUGACAUCAAUGUCAUCAAUGAUGCAAUCUUCAGCCAAACCAGAGGGUGAUAUCUCGUCCGUCUUUGCGUCUCUUUCGGGUGAUGACAUGAACAAGCCUCUUGAACCUCGAUUUGCUCAAUUAAAACGACAAAUUAUUCAAGGUCAUGAGGAAGAAGUGAAAAAUAGUUGGUACCGUUUACUUGAUGCUCUAAAACGUGAAAUCGCCAUUGUUCGCUCUUCCAAUCAAUCCAUUAUACCUCAAGUUAAUUUCAGAGACAUAAAAAAUCUUUCAUCUGACGUUCGCAAUGAAAUUCAAACUCGCGGUGUUAUGGUCGUUCGCGGUGUUUUACCUGAGGUUGAUGCACUAAAAUUAAAAGCAGAUGUUCAAAACUAUAUUAAACAGAAUCCACAUACUAAGGCAUUUCCACAAGAUACACGAGUCGUCUACGAAUUAUAUGUCGCCUUCUCAGAUUCAUGCUCGUGCCAAUGUUCGAGUCCUCGAGGCAUUAACAUUCGCUAA